AAUUCGACAACAAAACUUACUGCAUAGAGGGAUUCAACGGUAAUUACGUACCAAAGUCAGUUGAGAGGUAAUUGUUGGGAACUUUAUCGAAGAAGUUGUUCCUAUAUGUCCAGAAAACAUUCAUAUCAUCCAGUUUUUUCAAUAACGACGUUGGUAAAAAAGACGGACUUAAAGGAGCUGCAUUAUCAUCAUCCUCAUCACCAGGGGGAUCUCCUCCUGCGGAGUACCUUCAUCACUGGAAACUGGACUAAAAGGGGGAAAAGUUUUUGCUCCGAACAUGCCAAAACGUGUGUGAGAUUUCUCAACUUCCCAUGGAUCUGUUGUGUCUCUCGCCCCUGAGCAGGAGGAGGGAAAAGGAGGCAGAGGAGGUGGAGGAGCGGGGGAGAAAGGAGGAGACGGCGGGGAAGCGUCACAGCCGCCACCGCCGUCACCACCACCACCACCACCGCUGCUGCUGCUGCUGAAGCUCAAGUGUUACCGGCGUUUUCUGCUCCUCCGCUGAAGAGGCAUUUUAUCACUCUUCUCAUCCUCCUCCCUCCCUCUGUCUUUCGCUCCUCUCCUCAUUCUAGCAGCAGGGAGCCGGAGGGAAACAGACAGAGAGCUAAACACACACACACACACAAACACACAUAUUCACACACCGGCUGGAUGCUCAUAUUCUGUCACCCUCUUUUUCUCCCCUCUCCUCUUCGCUCCCUUUUUGAUGUCCUGUCUUCACCUCCUGGACCACUUGCACAUUUUGGCGCCUUGACAAACGCAGAAGAAGAGAAAAAGAGAAAGUGAGGAGUUUGGAUUUUUUUGGGGGGGGAGAGAUCACAUAUGCUCGCUGUCACGUCGUGAAGUCCUCCAGGGGAGUGUGCAGACAUCCAAAAGCUUCCAAACACAGAGAGAGAGAGAGAGCGAGCAAGCUAGAGAGAGAGAGAGUCAGUGAUAACUCGCACACACUCGCUCGCACACAGAGACUAGGUCUAAAUGCACACUCCUACAGGUGCUGCGAGGGGAGAGAGGCAAGUGAAAAGCAGGUAAAAAAGGAAAAAAAAGACAUUUGGAGGAAGGAUGGAACAGCAGGAGUUCAAGUUGGAUGACGGCAGAAAGCACAGGCAGUAGGUUGCCAACAUGGCCGUUCCCAGGGGACAUCCUCCUCCUUCCCCUUGGCCUCCGCUCUUCCUCCUCCUCCUCUUCCUCCUCCUCCUCAUCUCCUCCCCGCUCCCUCUGCAGGCCCGGCCGCUCCUCCUCCACUCGUCCAUCAACGUGGCGGUGGUGUUCAGCGGCUCCAGCUACCAGAACGAGGUCAGAGGUCGUCUCAGUGGGGAAAACUUUGUCGACCUGCCCAUAGUGGUCAGCCCGGUGACCGUGCUGGUCAACGACACCAACCCCCGCGACCUGCUGACACACCUUUGUGAUACCAUGGCAACAGAGAAGCUGCACGGCGUUGUGUUUGAGGAUGAUGUGGGCUCGGGCGCUGGUGCUCAGGUGGCUGAAGUGGCACAGAUCCUGGACUUCCUCUCCACUCAGACAGCUCUGCCCAUCGUAGGCAUCAGUGGCGGAUCUGCAGUUGUCAUACCAUUCAAGGCUGAAGGAUCCUCCUUCCUGCAGAUGGGAGCGUCUCUGGAGCAGCAAGUUAUUUGCAUGUUCAAGCUCAUGGAGGAGUACGACUGGGGCGAGUUUGCGGUGAUCACCAGCUUGCUACCGGGCUACGACACCUUUGUGGAUAUCGUCGAAUCCUACACAGAUACCUCUUAUUUCCUGUGGAAUUUCCAGGACGUCAUGUCUCUGGAAAUGUCUGUUGAUGCAAAUGACGCAAGGACCAGGCGAAUCCUGCAGCAGGUUGACUCUCAGGUCCUUUUGGCGUACUGCUCCUACGAGGAGGCGCAGUACUUGUUUCGGCAGGCAGGUGAGGUGGGUCUGUUGGGGCCUGGCUACAUCUGGAUCCUCCCGAGCCCGGCCGUGGGCAACCCUGACAGCCCUCCACCUGCCAGCUUCCCUGUCGGUGUUAUUGGCGUCAUUACAGACCAGUGGAGGAAGAGCUUGCGGCAGAGGGUGAGGGAAGGAGUCGCCAUCGUAGCGAAAGGAGCGGAGAGCUUCAAGAAGCAGUAUGGAUAUAUUCCUGAGGGACAUGGAGACUGCAACAAACCGUCGAAACACUCAGAGAACAUCACUCUGUUCAGGCACAUGAUGAAUGUAACAUGGGAAAGGAGGGAUCUGUCAUUCAACAACCAAGGCUUCCUCUCCAACCCGGCCAUGGUCAUAGUCGCUUUGGACCGGGAGAGACUCUGGGACAAGGUGGGCACCUUCGCUCGAGGGAUCAUUCAGGUUCGUUACCCCGUCUGGCCUCGAUACGGAAGCUUCCUAGAGCAGGUGUCAGAUGACCGUCACCUGACCGUGGCCACGCUGGAGGAGCAUCCCUUCGUCAUGGUGGAGAACGUGGACCCAGGCACCGGCACAUGUGUCCGAAACACCGUGCCCUGCAGGCGCCAGUCCAACCAAACGGAGAGUAUUGCUGGCCACUCUGACUCCUACACCAAACUGUGCUGUAAGGGCUUCUGCAUAGACAUCCUGAAGAAGCUCUCCCGCACCAUCAAGUUCUCCUACGAUCUGUACCUGGUCACCAACGGGAAGCACGGCAAGCUGGUUCGGGGAACUUGGAACGGGAUGAUCGGGGAGGUUGUGUAUAGAAGAGCCGACAUGGCCAUCGGCUCUCUCACUAUCAAUGAGGAGCGUUCAGAAAUCAUCGACUUCUCUGUGCCGUUUGUAGAGACAGGCAUCAGUGUCAUGGUCGCCCGCAGCAAUGGCACGGUGUCCCCAUCUGCCUUUCUUGAGCCGUACAGCCCGGCAGUGUGGGUCAUGAUGUUUGUGAUGUGCCUGACCGUGGUGGCAGUGACGGUUUUUGUGUUUGAAUACUUCAGUCCAGUCGGCUACAACCGGAGUCUGGUCAGCGCAAAAUCUCCUGGCGGUCCAACGUUCACCAUCGGGAAGUCAGUGUGGCUGCUGUGGGGUAUCGUCUUCAAUAACUCCGUCCCCGUUGAAAACCCUAAAGGAACAACCAGUAAGAUCAUGGUCCUGAUCUGGGCCUUCUUUGCUGUCAUCUUCUUGGCUUCUUACACUGCCAACCUGGCUGCCUUCAUGAUCCAGGAGCAAUACAUCGACACAGUGUCCGGGCUUUCUGACAAGAAGUUCCAGAAGCCACACGAGCAUUAUCCCCCCUUCCGCUUCGGGACAGUCCCAAACGGGAGCACGGAGAGAAACAUCCGCAGCAACUAUCCCGACAUGCACAUGCACAUGAUGAAAUACAACCAGAAGGGGGUGGAAGAAGCGCUGGAAAGCCUGAAAACCGGGAAGCUAGAUGCCUUCAUCUACGACGCUGCCGUUUUGAACUACAUGGCGGGGAAAGAUGAGGGCUGCAAGCUGGUGACCAUCGGCAGCGGGAAAGUGUUUGCCACCACGGGAUACGGCAUCGCUCUGCAGAAGGACUCCCGCUGGAAACGGCUUAUAGACCUGGCGCUGCUGCAGUUUCUCGGAGACGGAGACACACAGCGUUUGGAGACCGUCUGGUUGUCGGGCAUCUGCCAGAACGAGAAGAACGAAGUGAUGAGCAGUAAGCUGGACAUCGACAACAUGGCGGGCGUCUUCUACAUGUUACUGGUGGCGAUGGGCCUCAGCCUGCUGGUCUUCGCCUGUGAGCACCUGCUGUACUGGAAACUCCGACACUACAUCCACAAGUCCCAGAAAGUGGACUUCAUGUUGGCCAUCAGCAGGGGGAUUUACAGUUGCUGCAAUGGAGUGGAGGAGACUGGGCAUAAAUCUGGUUUGGCCAAACCGGAUCUGACCUCCAACUACGCUCAAGCAAACAUGCUGAAAAUGCUUCGCACUGCUAAGGACCUGGUCUCCACCGCCAAUGUGGAGACGUCUCUGGACCAUGCCACUAAGACCAUUGAGCAUCUGAGCCGUCAUGGCGGCAGCUUGCCUGUUCGUGUUCCACCAAUCGCUGCAGAGACUGUACCGGGAGGAUUCGCGUACAUCACAGAGAAUCACUGCACCCUUCCCCAGCGCUCCCUCACUCCUCCUCUGGCUGCUGUGAACUCUCUGAAACUGCAGCGAGGGAUGAGCAGGCCGACGCCACUGCGCUACACGCUGCCCACUCACUCUUCUUCGUGUUUGUAUGAUCGGCAGCUUCCUGUGUCCAGCCUGAGCAGCCCUCACCUCGCCGUGAGCGAACCGCUUCCCCAUCAGCACCCGCACCACUACCAGACCACCGGGAGACUCUACGUGGACACUCACUCACCCUUCAUACCUUACACUGAUCUCCAGCUACCUGACAUCUACGCCUCUCAUCCUGUGUCCUCGCCUCUAAACCAAAACAUCCCCGCGGCCUUCUCCAGGCGGAAACGGAGGUCCAAGAGUUUCCAGUACGAUGAGGGGGACUUAGAGGGGAGAUUACACAGGGAGCAGGACAAGAGCAACAAAAGUCCGGUAUUUCUGAGUGAGCUCAAAGCCAACCACCUCCAAGAGAACCACAUCUCUGCUCCAAGCGUUGAGAGCAUCUACCCUGGAGAGGGGAUGUGUCCUCGGGUGGAGAACUACGGCUCUUGGCCUCCAGAGGACCUCGUGCUGAGAGGACGACGUAGGCACCGCCGCCCUUCCUUCCUCAAAGCCACUUGGGGCAGCGAGCAGAUGCGCCAGCUCGACGAGUCCCAGUCAUCCUUAUCAAGCCAGUCUCCAUCCACCCUGCCAGACCUGUUCCCAUGCAUUGUUACACCAACCACCGCCACAAAGCCCUACAACCCCGCUCACCUUCGAAACAACCUGUGCCUCCCACGGAACCAGGCCUACCUCCACAUAAGGGAGGACCAGAGGAGGCCUAAUGGGCGUAAGGGCCAGAGGCUGCGCUACUCCAACUCCACCCACCUCCCCACGUACGGAGAAGCAGUGCGACAGGGGACAGGGUUAGGACGGGGGAUGGUACGGAGAGCCACAAGCCUGCUCAGCAGACAGUACGCCCACUACCUGAACUCAUACCCCGGAUUACCCUUCUAUCACGGCCCCUUGGACCUGCAGCACCACAGCCAGGCCUCUGGCAACCCAGUGUGCCAGCUGCUGGCUUGUGGUGGAGGGGGAUGUGGAAGCCAGAGGGCUUUGUUGUACCAGGAUAGUGUCUAUGGGGCUUACGGGGUCUAUCAGGGAUCCCAGACUGGAUCAGAUGCCCAGGCGGGUCUGGGGGCUGGGGUACAGCCCACUGGGAGCCCCUGUGUUCUUCGUCCCUGGCGACGGGUGUCUAGUCUCGAGUCAGAGGUCUGAUGGGAAACCGAAAGGAGCGUCUAAAAUGGAUACUGUGGAGUAAACGAGGGAAAGACUGCAGAGAGGGAUCAGUGGCUGGAUUCUGUACGGGGGGAAGUGUUAACUUGAAGUUGUUGUGGAGUUUCUGUGUGACUUUGUGCGGUGGAGAUAAGAAGUUUGGCUUACCAACUUCGGACUCAUUUGAUGUUCACUACAGUGAGAAGCGAAGACAGCACUGUUCUCCUCAGUGAAGCUGUGGAAAGCUGGAGUUGGCAGGUUUCACUCACUUGCUCCUUUCCUAUGACAACGCUUGUCUGUUCUCUGUGCUUCAAUGUGCACUAAGAUUUACAACAGUCCGCAGUGUUGGUGCAUGGUUAAACUAUAACCAGAGUUUUCAUGCUGUGUUCGUUGUGUAUAUUUAAUCGUGGAUGGUCGGGGGUUCAGUCUUGAGUGUCGUGGAGUCGUGAAACCGUUUACAGCUGGGGAGAAACACUGAAGGGAUUUCGGGAUUGUGUCCUUAAAUACAGCCACCAAAAAACAAGUAGCAACUGUAGCAAGAUUUUUAAAAGACAGCCGUGACGUACAUGUGAAGAGUUUGAUUCCAAAAAUUCAUCAAUAUUAAAACACUUUGUCUCCUGAUACAGAAGAGCAGCAGUUUUCUAGGAUGAAAUAAUCAUUUUGAGACAUCUGUUAAUGAAUUUCAGGUAUCUUCUUUAAAGAUUUAUAAUGUUGUGGAGCUAAACCCUUCAAGUCUUGGUGAUUUAGUGAUGAGUCAGAGACUUUGUGUAAAGGAGUCCAUAUGAACACAAUCUGCAAAAAGAUGAAAGUAUUGGAAAAGCACUGUCCAGCACAAGGUGUCUUAAUCCAUGGGUUCUCGUUCCUCCCUGGGUCUCAGUCUGAGGCUACAGUACAGCACAAACAUCACACAGGGCCUCACAUUAAGUCAAGUCUGCAUCUUAAUACUAUAUCGAUAUAGAGAAAACGUGUUAUUUCAGGCUGGUUAGUGUCAUAUUCAUGUACUCUGCAUAUGAUAGGAAUUUAUAGUCACUCUUAAAAUUUUCUAAUCACACUUCUGGCACAUUUUUUCUUUUAGUUAAGCUGUUGCGGAUUUACUGAAAUAUGUGUUAUUACUCUAUUAACUCAGAAAGAUUGGCCUAUAUUCAGUUGGCCUAUAUAAAAUUUUCAUCACUUCCUCUUUUCCACUCUUUUAUAUUCCCUCCCCAUUCCCUCAAACUGUUAUAUGAUCCAAACUAAAUGAGGUAUUUGAAAGCUAUUCUAGUAUCUAUAUUACCUGGCUCCCUCACCCUGUAAUUAAUCACUUAGAUCAAUUAAAGAGCCUUUUUGGAUGAA